AACAUGAUGCGAUGACGAUGACGAUGAUGAUGAUGACAAAGAUAAUCUUCCACAAGCAACUUGACCACACUUCAGCAGUACGAAACACAUCCUCAUCAACAUAAUGGGUUCCUCUGCUUCAAAAGGUGCCAGCGCCGCUGGUGCAAGUGUACGCAAAUACCCUACUCGAUCUCCUCCAAACACAACGUCGCGUCCGCCUGUUUCCUCUGCGCCUCGAGCAUCGCCAGCCGCUCCUGGACCUACUGUACACCCGCCACCGCAGGCUACAGAGACAAAAACUCAAGCCAUAGAGCUCGAUGCUCGCGACCCCGCCUUCGCGUCUCGACUUAGCAGUCUCGGCGCCGUGCAGCCAAAUCCUCAUUACUCGAAUACCUCGACCUCAGAAUUCGAUCCUCGUCGCAACCUGUCGUCUGUCCUGCCGUCCGACAUGAUGCAAGCCCCGCCACCGUCUGCAUUCCCCGGGCUCAAGAACAACCCUGUGCUCAGAGCACUAGAAGCGAGACAGAGGAUAGCAGAUGAAGCCGAGGACGAGCUCAGGGAUGUAGGCAGGCGAGGUUUCAAGGGACGGAAGUAUAUCGAUGCCGGCACAAUACAGCUAGCCUUGAUGCGGCAGGUGCGCGGCGAACCGGAUAAUAGGAUCGAAGAUGCGCUUGGGAUAAAGAAGGGCAGGCUAGCUGUGCUGGGGAAGAGGGUUGUGGAGCCCGUGGCAUUGGAGGGUUGAAACAGGAGACUUGGGGUUUUGACAUGACAGAGGCACACGAUCAAACGGGACGACCGGAACCGGAUUCGCACGAACGAAACAUGUAUUUCAAAGGAAUAUCAUAUCAGGUUUCGAAUUCCAACCGUCCUAUCCGAUGCAGCACGAACCGACCCUUCAUUUUGGCUGUUACCAGAACGCCGAACCAACGCCGAAAAUGCAAGAUAUCAUACACAUCAUCAAUCAUCAUAAUCGCCUUGCUCGUAGAUAAAGU